AUGCCUACCCGAUUCUCGCGCACCCGCAAGCACCGCGGACACGUUUCCGCCGGUCACGGACGUGUUGGCAAGCACCGCAAGCACCCAGGUGGUCGUGGUCUGGCCGGUGGUCAGCACCACCACCGUACUAACCUCGACAAGUACCACCCUGGUUACUUCGGUAAGGUCGGUAUGCGGUACUUCCACAAGCAGCAGAAGUAUGUGUCCCCCGAAUCCGAACGGCGUGAGGAUCCCGGCUGUGCUCUGCGAUUUCCCGAUGAUUCGAUUUUCCACUUCUGGAAGCCCGUCAUCAACCUGGACAAGCUCUGGACUCUUGUCCCCGCCGAGAAGAGGGAUGAGUACCUCGCCGGCAAGAAGGACACCGUCCCCGUCAUCGACCUCCUCCCCUUCGGCUACUCCAAGGUCCUCGGCAAGGGCCGCCUCCCUGAGGUCCCUAUCGUCGUGAAGGCUCGGUGGGUUAGCAAGCUGGCGGAGAAGAAGAUCACCGAGGCCGGUGGUGUCGUUGAGCUGGUGGCAUAA